GGGUGAAUUCUUUUUUUUUUUUUAGAACGAUAGGGGGAUGCCGAAGCGAAAUAAGACAGGAAAACAUGCCGGCAAUGUCGCCGCCGGCGAGAAUUCGCCGGAACCCCGAGCUCUGGAUGAUUCUUGGCGGUGGUUAGUCCACAAGGGAACUACCGUGUCAUUCCUCUGUAUCUCCCUCUUCGCAUUGCUGAUCCGAUCUGCUGUGUCGUUGUACCCUUACUCCGGCGCCGGAACUCCGCCGAAGUUUGGAGAUUUCGAGGCGCAGAGACAUUGGAUGGAGAUAACCACUAAUCUUCCUGUCGGAGAUUGGUACAGGAACAGCACCGACAACGAUCUCAGUUACUGGGGGCUCGAUUACCCUCCUCUUACAGCUUACCAGAGCUACGCCCACGGGAUCUUCCUCCGUCGGUUCAAUCCUCAGUCCGUAGAUCUGUUCAGUUCUCGUGGGCACGAGUCUUAUCUUGGAAAAUUACUGAUGAGAUGGACAGUUUUAUCGUCUGAUGCCUUGAUCUUCUUCCCGGCUGUUCUCUUUUUCGUGUUAGCAUACCAUAGAACUCGAUCUACGAGCGGUAGAAGCGAGGUGGCAUGGCACAUUGCCAUGGUUCUAUUAAACCCUUGUUUGAUCCUAAUUGAUCAUGGCCAUUUUCAGUAUAACUGUAUCAGCUUGGGGUUUACGGUCGGUGCUAUUGCUGCGGUAAUCUGCCAGAGCGAGGUCCUCACCUGUGCCUUGUUCACACUAGCUCUCAGCCAUAAACAGAUGAGUGCAUACUUUGCACCUGCCUUCUUCAGCCAUCUACUUGGCAAAUGCCUACGACGCAAACACCCAAUCCUCGCAGUAUUCAAGCUCGGGCUUGCGGUGAUAGUUACAUUUGUCAUUGUUUGGUGGCCAUAUCUUCAUUCGCUGGAUGACUUUUUAACGGUUGUCUCUCGUCUUGCUCCAUUCGAGAGGGGAAUAUACGAGGAUUACGUCGCGAAUUUCUGGUGCACCACAUCCACUCUCGUAAAAUGGAAGAGGCUAUUUUCAACACAACAGCUCAAGCUUCUAAGCUUAGCUACAACUGUCUUGUCUUGUCUCCCUUCAAUGGUUCAACAAAUUUUGUCUCCCAGCAACGAAGGCUUCCUCUACGGCCUUCUCAACAGCUCAAUGGCCUUCUACUUGUUUUCCUUCCAAGUUCACGAGAAAUCGAUUCUUCUGCCUCUUCUCCCUGCAACCCUAUUGGCUCUGAGAAUCCCUAACCAUUUCAGCCAUCUUACAUUUUACGCCCUCUUCUCGAUGUUUCCUCUUCUUUGCCGUGACAAACUCUUGCUUCCCUACUUAAUGCUCUCUUUCCUCUUCUUCGUCGUUCAUCACUCACCCGGGAGCCACAUUGUGAGAUACAAAACCAAAACUUUGUUUUUCUCCUCUCCAAUCAAUCCCGGUUUCGGCUUCCUACUCAAAACCCAUUUCUUCAUCUCCUUAGUCCUUCAUGUUGUUUACUUAACCAUUCUUCCUCCUCAGAAGUACCCUUUCCUGUUCGAAGCACUGAUCAUGCUUCUUUGCUUCUCAUACUUCAUACUCUUUGCGCUUCACACCAACUAUACACAGUGGACAUUGUCGAGGCAUCUCGGCCAAGCGAACAAAGAGAAGAAACAACAUUGAAAGACCAUGAAGCUUCAAAGGCUCUUUUGAUUCCAGGACUCAGGUUUUUUUGUUAUUGGUUUUCAUGCUCAUUCUUAUUGACACAGUAGAACUCAGUCUUGGUUGUUUGCCGGUAUUAGGGCAAAGAUUAUCAAUGUAGAGCAGAACUUGUCAAAAUAUAUCUUACUUCUGUAUCAUAAAUUCAUAAGGAGUGCCGUUCUGACCGUUACUUUC